AUGAAAUUCAUUCAAUCUAUAUUGUUGCUACACCCAUCAAUUGCAGAAAGAGGAGCUGAAAACUACAAUCAAUCGUCGUAUUGGCCUAUUUCAAAUUCAGAAAAGCAAGAUGAACUUGAUUCUGUAAAACUUGUUGUUGCACUAGACAGCGAUGACGUUGAUGAAAUUAUGACUUGUUGA